UCUACGCUAUGAUUUACCACUAAACCAAUUAUAUCACUGUUUACUUCGCGCAUGUGCAUUGGUGCUGCAAAUUCGUUUAAAGGAACAUAUAUAAACCGAACUGCAUCAACCAAUUUUGUUUAACAUUUGAUUGGCUAAAAUUUGUAAACAAAAUGUCGGGCAAGCAACACGGAACCACAAACGGGUGUGAGACGGUUGGGCGGAAGUUGAACCAGUUCGGAGAUUUCGAGGAUGUGACGAAUAUGUCAGUGAACGACUGGGACUAUCGCUGGUCCCUCGGCCAAACCAAGUUCCACAUGCCCAAAGUGCAUCCAAUGGUGCAAAAACACAUGGAAAGGCUGACUCAAGGCAAGAACAAAGCUUCCGUUUUUGUGGCUCUCUGCGGAAAGACACUGGAUAUGAAAUGGUUGUUGGACGAGGGGCAUGAGGUCAUUGGCAACGAAUGUGUAGACAGUGCCUGCAGGCAGUUCUUCGAAGAACACAACAUUCCUUACACCAGCACCCCUCUUACAGGGAUAGAGGGCGUCCUGUAUCAGGCCACGGAUGGUACUCCAAUAAAACUAUACCGAUGUGACUGCUUUGACCUUUCUAGCAAACUUUGUGGACAGUUCGACUGCAUUUGGGACAGAGGUGGUUUUGUUGCACUUCCGGUGAAAGACAGAACAAGGUACGCCCGGGUGAUGGCGGACUUGAUGAAGAAGGACGGUCGAUACCUGCUAGAUUGCUUCCUUGUGGACAACAGCGUUUUCGGUGGUCCUCCGUUUAACUCUGAUCAAAACGAUGUCAAACAGGCGUUUGGGAAACUGUGCAAAGUGGAAAAGAUAGAUACCAAAGACGCUUUUACAAAGUGGCAAGAGGCAUGGGGAAUUGACUCAUUCAUUGAAGAUGUUUACCUGCUCGGAAAGAAAUAGCUGCGAGAAAAUGAACAAUACAAUUACAUAACUAUUGCUUGUAUUGAUGGGGUAAAAGGGAGUUUCCAAAUUAGUAGCGGUGCCUUUUCUGCAUAGUUGUAUAACAGGUGUUUUGACAUGUAUUCUGGACUAAUCAAGUAAUGUCAUUUGAAUGCAGUGUUUGAAUACCCGAGCAUAACAGUUUUUGAUUGGUCCAUAUAAACAGUGAAAAGACUCCAAAAGGGUAGGUUAACAGGUUUUUAGUUACGCUGAAUGGUAGAAGAAACAUAGUAAAUGAAUGUUAUGUGUAUGUUUUAUAUCAAAAACAGGAACAAUUUCAUGCAAUAUCAUUGCUUUCAGUAAUGUAUCACUUUCAAAAAGGCCUUAAUAGUGCGAAUCCCUUGAGUCCAAGCAUUGGAUCCUGCUCGGCUAUUUCCGUGAAACUAUGACUUUAUCUUCCGAGCUUGCCGGAGAUGACCAAGUUGCUCCGAUUUAGAAAUGCAUACAUGCACUUAGAUUUCACUCAUAAACCUCGGGACCACAACCCGAUAAUAUAUAUAUAAAGCAACUGGUCUUACCUUAAACCCCUUCUUAAAAUAGCCCUCCCCGAUAUACAUUAUACAUGUAUAUUAAAACAAUGUACUAACGUCCAAGUCACUAGAAUUACAGAAUUGUUGAAUUAGAAGAUUAUUUAUAUAGAACAGUAUUGAAAAAUAAUGGUAUUCAAGAUUGGGAAAAAACUGAAUGACCGUCUUUUCGUUGGAAUGCAAAUUGUAUUAUUCUAUGUUUAUAUUGCGCAGUUUGACUUAAAAUUGCAUGUGGUUUAAGCAAAACCUUGCUUGACUACCAUUGAAAUUUCUUUAAAAUGUGUGUUAUUAGUGUGUGUGUUUUUGCAAUUCAUUUUAAGUGUAUGCAAUUUGGGCGUAAUAGUUAAGAUUUAAGUUGAUUUUAGCGGAGUUGAUAGCCAAUCGAAAUACCUGGCCUGGCUUCCAAAAGUUUCCCGGUCACGUUUGUUAUCAGACCCAAAGAUGUUAUCUUUCAAAAUAUAUAUAAUUUAUUGUCUUAUUUUACUACACAGUACCAAAAUAUAGGAGACAAUUAUAAAAUCAAAUCUUUUCUGUUCAAUUUACAAUCUAACACACUGUAAACAUCGUUUGAUCUGCGCUAUUAGUUUCAAAAGAUAUUACUUUUUCUUUUUCGCCUGAGCUAGACCGAGCAGUAUUUUUAUAUUUUAACCUUCAUAAAUUUAAAAUGAGAAUUAAUAUCAGUUUAACUGCUUUGCAUAGUCACGAUUUGAUAAUGUAAAUAGGUGUGUACAUAAAAUGUAUUUUGUUUUAUUUUUACUUCCAUGGAGUAUUUAACAAAGCUCUUGUUACUGUGAUAAUAUCAUAUCACCAACACUCACCUAUUGGCUAUCAUGUUUAUCGUCUUCAUCGUAAAGGUUUCGUUUUAACUUUGCUUUGUCAUUACUUUUAAUUUUUAUGAAUAAAUUUGUAUAUAUCGUGA